UAAUAUAUCAUUAACAUAACAUCACUGGGAAAUCAGGGCCGGGAGGUCAUAUUGGUCCGGCAUCCCAACACAGGCUGGGCUAAAACUGUGCCGAUAUUGCUGUGUCGGGCCGAUACGACCUCUCGGCCCUGCUUAACGCUUACAGUUCCAUCCACCAUGCCAACCCUGGUGACCGCCAAGUGGCUCAAUGAGCAGAUCGGCUCCAGCAGCGAGGCGACCCGAGCGUUACGUAUCCUGGACACCUCAUUUAUGAAGGACAAAUCAGUGGAUACAUACACCACUGCCUACCUUAAGGAUCACAUCCCGCAAGCCGUCUACUUCGGCCUUCACAACUGCGUUGAGAGCACUCCUCACAUUCCCCGCAAUCUGCCCGACCCCGCCUGCUUCACUGGCUACGUACAGAAGCUAGGCAUCUGGCCCGACACCCACGUGGUUGCCUAUGACAGGUUCGGACCCUCCUCGGCCUACAGGACAUGGUGGCUCUUCAGAUUAUUCGGCCACAAGAACAUCUCAGUGCUGGACGGUGGCUACCGGAAGUGGGUAGCAGACGGCUACGAGACCACCAAGGAGGAGCCGGAAGUCGAGAUGUCUUCAUUCACACCCAACAUGGACCGCAGUCUGGUGCGAACCUACGACGAUAUGGUUUCGAAUCUCAAGACAUGCACAGAACAGGUCGUCGAUGCUAGAGGUCCCAAUGAAAGCUCCGUUGUCGAUGCUACCUGUGACGGCGGGAAGAUCCCUGGCGCCAAGCACGUGAGCUUCGAAGAGUUAUUUAACGAGGACGGAACGAUGAAAACGGUGGAACAGCUGAAAUCAAUGUUUGACAAAGCGCUUGUGGACUUAAAGCGUCCGAUGGUGGCCUCGUGCUUCACGGGCAUGACGGCGUGCGGGGUGGCGGCGGCCGCUCAUAUCCUCGGCAGGGAUAUACCCGUCUACUACGGCUCGUGGACGGAGUGGCGGCAGCGUGCGAAGGAGGAGCACAAGUGGCGCGGAGAGAUUCGCUCAUGAAGGAACAGUAAUGUGCUUAAUGCGUGCGCGAAGUGUCGUGUCAUAUUAGCCUGUGCGGACAAGACAAUUUCCGUUUUAUGGAUUUUUUUUACCGUUUAAAGAAGGUCUCUGCUAAAUUAAAAUCAAGUGAAGGCUGAAAGUGUCGUCACUGAUUAGCCUGUGCGGACUGCAAGUGCUUACUUUGGAUGACUCUUCACGCACAUGCAUCGAGCCCGUUUUUAUUUCCAGAACGAAGCUCCAUUAAUGCAAUUUAACUGUUUAUUUACGCAGCACCCUGUGUGUGUCUAUAGAAACAGAAGUAUCAAUAUUAAAGACUGUAACAGGUG